ACAGCCGGGCGCGCUGUACGGCCGCGCGGGGUGGCACGGCACGCCGACAGCGAUGGCGGAAGGGGAAGAGGCGCCGCCGCCGGGCUGCUGGGAAAAAGAUCUUGCAGAAGCUCUGGAAGAAGGAGGCUGUGAUCUUGAAACUGUGAGAAAUAUCAUUCAAGGAAGGCGAUUGCCUGCUCAUCUGAGGGCCAAAGUCUGGAAGAUUGCACUUAAUGUUGUGGGAAAGGGGGACAGCCUGGCAUCAUGGGACGGCUGUUUAGAUCUACCAGAACAGAGCAUAAUUCAUCAGGAUUGCCAAGAGCUAAUUGACCGGUUGUCAGUGCCAGAAGACGAGAAGUCAGUAUUGCUUUUGGAUAUUGAGUCUGUUAUUACUUUUUACUGUAAAUCACGCAAUGUUAAAUACAGUUCUUGCCUUGGCUGGACACAUCUCCUCAAACCUCUGGUGCACCUUCGAUUACCACGCAGUGAUUUGUACAACUGCUUUUACGCUAUCAUGAAUAAAUUCAUUCCAAGGGAUUGUUUUCUGAAGGGAAGACCAUUCCAUCUAUUUAGGCUGCUUCUUCAGUACCAUGAGCCUGAACUCUGCUCCUUUCUUGAUACCAAGAAGAUGACACCAGACUCAUAUGCACUCAACUGGCUUGGAAGCCUUUUCUCAUAUUACUGUUCAGCUGAAGUCACUCAGGCAAUAUGGGAUGGUUAUCUACAACAAGCAGAUCCAUUCUUUAUCUACUUCUUAAUGUUAAUCAUCCUUGUCAAUGCAAAAGACGUUAUCUUAGCACAAGAAUCAGACAAAGAAGAAAUGAUAAAAUUCCUAGAAACUUCACCAGCCAAUCUGGAGUUAGAGGAUAUAGAGGAUCUCUUCUCUUUGGCGCAAUAUUACUGUAGUAAAACUCCAGCUUCUUUCAGGAAGGACAAUCACAGUCUUUUUGGCAGCAGCUUACUGGGCCUCAAAGAUGAUGACACGGACUUGAGCCAGGCUCUUUGUCUAGCAGUUUCUGUGUCUGAGAUUCUUCAAGCAAAUCAGCAGCAAGGAGAAGGAGUAAGGUUCUUCGUAGUGGAUUGUCGUCCUGCAGAACAAUACAAUGCUGGGCACUUAUCAACAGCAUUUCAUUUAGACUCAGAUUUGAUGCUUCAAAACCCAUCAGAGUUUGCACAGUCUGUAAAAUCCCUAUUGGAAGCACAAAAACAGUCCAUUGAGUCUGGCUCCAUAGCUGGUGGGGAACACCUCUGCUUCAUGGGAAGUGGCAGGGAAGAAGAAGAUAUGUAUAUGAACAUGGUACUAGCACACUUCUUACAGAAAAAUAAAGAGUAUGUAAGCAUUGCCAAAGGAGGAUUUAUGGCCCUCCAGCAGCACUUAGCAGAUAUCAAUGUUGAAGGACCAGAAAAUGGAUAUGGGCACUGGAUUGCUAGUACCUCGGGUUCAAGAAGUAGCAUAAACUCCUCUGUUGAUGGUGAUUCUCCUAAUGGUUCAAGUGACGGCAAAGGAGUGAAGUCCUUGGUGAAUAAAAUGACAGUUGCUUUGAAGACUAAAUCUGUGAAUGUGAAAGAAAAAGUUAUUAGUUUUAUUGAAAAUACAUCCACCCCAGUGGACAGAAUACCUUUCAAUAUUCCCUGGCCAGACAGAGCAAGCCUGGAGCGACAUGUCAGCAGCAGUGACAGAGUAGGAAAACCUUACCGUGGUGUGAAACCAGUAUUCAGCAUUGCAGAUGAAGAAGAAUACGAUACUGAUGAAAUUGAUAGUUCGUCAAUGUCAGAUGAUGAUCGAAAAGAGGUCGUCAACAUUCAAACAUGGAUAAAUAAACCUGACGUGAAGUAUAACUUCCCUUGUAAUGAAGUAAAAGAAAAUGGACAUAUGUUUCCCAGUCAUCUCCUCGUCACGGCAACCCAUAUGUACUGUUUGAGGGAGAUUCCAUCGCGGAAAGGUCUGGCUUACAUACAGUCUCGACAGGCACUCAACUCUGUAGUCAAAAUCACAUCCAAGAAGAAACACCCAGAACUGAUUACCUUUAAAUAUGGAAAUAGCAAUACUUCAGGCAUAGAAAUUUUGGCAGUUGAAAGGUAUUUGAUUCCAAAUGCAGGUGAUGCUACCAAAGCCAUAAAACAACAGAUCAUGAAAGUAUUGGAUGCCUUGGAGAGUUAAUAACUAAAGACUUUGUAGAGAACAGUUUAUAAAGAAGAAGCAAUGAAGAUACUGUAUGUGGACAUGGGCUGGCUGUUUUCCAACUGAAUACUAACUUAAGAAUUUUUUUCUGUUUGCUGGUGAGAGUGCCUGAGUAGCAGGCUUAAGAUAGGGUAAAUUAUUACCAAUUUCUUAACAGGAUUUUUAUUUUUUUCUUUUUUCUUUUUUUUUUUUAUAAAGAAACGUGUAUUAUAAAGGUCAGUUUGUUUCUUUUUUAUGCACCCUUAAUGCAAGUGAUCUGCAUCUUUGUAAGAGAGGAUGCAGCUAGGUUCAUACAAGCAUGUUAAAGGAAUGAACUGCCUGAUAUGGCGAAGCAGUUGAAAACAGAAACAGCUUUAAAUGACUGAUACUUGAAAGUCAAAUGUCUUCGUGGCCUACAGUCUAUAAAUUUGAUUCUUGCCUAAUGGGUAGUAUCAAGGUCUAUGAAAAACUUAGCUUUGUAAGCAGAGCAAAUGAAAUCUUAGUAAUUUUCUUCCAGUUAAAAACGGUUAAGUGAAUGGGACAAAUUACUAAUAAUUUGGAAAGUUAACUUUCAGAAAGUCCUGUCCACUACUAGAUUAAAUAAUUUGAAUUGAUUAUAAGGAUAUCUUUAAAUACCAAAAUGAACUGUACACAAUAAGCUAUUACUACAGGGUUGUGAGUCUUUUAAAUUAUGCUAAAUUUUGUAUUUCAUAGGUUGAGAUUGUUUCUCUUGUGAGGAUGAGUGUACAUGUUGAAAUUGGAGUAAGUGCUUCAUGGCAGAGAAUGACAGUUGAAAACACGUUAUCUGGCUCCUCUGAAGCAAAAUGUCUAACAUGUAAAUUAGAUUUUUAAAUACCUUCAGUUCAUGCAGAAAUGAGCUUGUGCUGAUAGAAGGUGUGUUUGAAGAUUGAAGUUGUGGCAAGAAAAUUAACAUCCACAAAUAAAGUGAAGAGAUUCUAGUGCUGUAUACUUGCAAUAAAUGUAUUCAUUACCUGUUGCCUUCGUUGGUUCAACAUCUGUUUAUAUUCUUUUAAUAACUUCUAACCUAGUAAACAUUUGAGAGACGGCAACUGUGUAAUAGUGUAUCUGCAUCCUUCUGCUUGAUACAACACGAUUAAUAAGAAGGGUUUCUGUUGCUACAAAGCGCAGUACAGGAAUGCUCUUGGGGCAAAGGCAUAGCAUCUUUGUAGACAGAUAUGAAAAUUACCAAAAAUUGUGAAAUAAAGACACUAGGGGUUAGAUUUGUUGUGUGAAGUCUUCUGAGUGUUGGAGUCAGAACCUGUGAAUUGGUACAUCAUCAGGAGAAAAAAUAAACUGACCUUUAUAAAAGCCACUUAUUCUAAGUUAUUUUACUAGGAAUCAAGCUAGGGCACCUUAAUUCUGGAACUUAAUUCCUUUUUUUUUUUUUCUUAGUAUCUGAGUAAACACCAAUAGAACUUGAACUAUUGAAGAUAUUUGCAUGAAAUUGCACCUGGGCCAACACUCACAUAUUUAUAGUUUUGCCCAGCAGCUGUUGUAUUACAUUUUCUUCCUACUCCCUUCUGAAACUAUCCUGAAGAGUCUCUGACUCUGUGCCUAUUUCAGCAAUGAGAUUUUUUUCAUGUAAAGAUGUUUGUGUUACUGUUUAUAAACUACAGUUGUAAAUAAACCAGUACAAUUUGAACAUAA